AUGGAGAGUUUCAUAGAAAGCCUGGCCGAGCUCUUCGAGGCAUUCCCAUCGGCCACCGUCACCAUCACCUAUUCCAACAAAACAAAAAAGAGUAAAGACAAUGCUGCUCCAGUGCACUCUGUCAAGUUCAAAUGCUCUGAGCCCCAGCUGGGAAAGAGUAUUCAGUACUCAACGAGGAAGGGAAAAGAAUUGUCCAGACUUUUAACAUACUUCGGUCCUCGUGGAGUUAGUACGAAGAGAAAAGCAGAGGCCACUGUUACAGAGGAGCCUGCUCAGAAACAACAAAAGACUGAGAUUGUGGGUGUGGCCAGCGUCAUGAGUAAUAACAAGUUUGAGGAACCUCAGGUGGAAGCCGAGGAACCAACUCGUGAACAGACGCCUGUUCCUGAAGAGAAGGAAAAGACUCCACAAGCUCCGUCGUCGAAGAGCAAAAAGAAGAAGAAGGGAAAGAAGAAAUGA